UCUCCCCGUUUAGCUGAUGUGGGGGUCUCAGUCUCUCAGUCCUGGAGGACCACUGCCCACAUGAGAGCGGCGGCGCUCCAGGACCAAGACUGAGAGCCGGAGGUGCAGAACAAGGGGCAGUUCUCAAAGGAGGAUUCCUCAGUUAACCUAGCUAACGUACCGAGAUAACGCUGACUUACCUACCUGAGCCCCAAAGUCAAGCCUGUCCAGGUGUUUAGGGGCAUUUUUGUCGGACAGUCUUCACCUUUCCAGCUAAAUGAGAAAUCCUGCUUUGAGAAAUGUUGUCAAAUGCUGCAACGAAGCUGAAGUGGGCUUCCCGUUCACCAGUUUCUUAAUAGAAGUUACAGUUCCACCUUAAGUGGCCAACCAGUGGGACAUGGAUGCAUGGUAUGCCCACCCUAUCUAUGCUCGCUACUGGCAGCAUUACCAGCAGGCCAUGAACUGGCACCACAGGCACCGGCGGGCAUACAGCAAGGCCUUGCAGGCUGCUUAUGGACCUGCGCUACACCCUGUGUUCCCCACUGCCACGCCCCGCUAUGCAGACUGGCACGGUGAGGAGAGCAAUGACAGAACCCAUGGACGAUUGAGGAGGUGGGGCAGAGAGAAAGAGGAAGAGCAAGAUGACCCAGAGAGUGAGAAGGAGGAGGAGGAAGAGUCAGAGAGUUCAGAAGAAAGCGAGAUUGAAUGCAACGUCAGCAACAUGGACAUCUCAGCUGAACUACGGCAGUUCUUCGCUCAGACGGAGCGGCACAGGGAGGAGCUGAAGAAGCAACAGCAGAUGGAGGCAGAGCGGCAGGAAGCUUAUGUGUUGGCCGACCAGGACCUACACCGGGUUUCCUGGCGCAGCGCCCAGCCCCCCACCGAGCGGCCGGGUGAAAGGAGGAGUGCUGAGAUGAAGAAGCUGUACGGCAAGGAUGCCGCCAAGAUCCAGGGCAUGGAGGCGGCCAUGCAGCUCACCUUCGACCGCAACUGUGACCGCAAGCAGCCCAAGUACUGGCCGGUUAUACCAUUAAACCUGUAGCAGGGACUCAAGCUACAGUCACUUAACCUCUCCCUUCAGGAGUUAAGAAUACUCCAACAUUUUUCAGCCUGAUUGUUAUCUGCCAUAUCUGUAGUGUACAGUUGAUUCAGAUGGAUGUUUUCCUGUAAGCAGAAAACUUUACUCAGAAAAUGCUUAUAAUAGAAGUCAAUGGGCAGCUGCUUCAGCACAGGUCCAUUGACUUCUAUUUUAGGCAUUGUUCUAAGUCAAUGUGUUUUCAGUUCUUUUCCAAAGUGUGUGGAAUUAUUGUCCAUGUUAAUUAAAUGAUGCAGCACAUUAGGUUAAACCAUGCUGGAGUAUUCUUUUAACUGGUAAUCAGUGCUACUGCUAAGUAGUGGCUGGACAAAAUGUAUGGACUCACUGUGCUGAAACUGUAUAUUUUAAUCCAGUGUUUCAUCAGUUCAGCUCAGGAAGCACUUUAAGCAUAAAUAUUACAGGUAGAUACUUGACUCGGUCUCCUAGUUGGUGGCCUUCCAGUUCUGUUUUUUUCAAACAAUUGUCAGCUUGAUAAGAUACGGCUCUUAAUUUCUAUAUAGCAACACGUUAAAGGAAUACACCAGAAUUUUUCAAACUUAUAUUCUUUAUGCCGCAUCUGUUGCAUUUGAACGAUUACCACAGACAAUAAUUUUCCUGUAUGUUGGCUUAAAACACAGUUUUGUAGAAGCCAAUGUUUAUCUGAACGUUGAUCCAUUAUAUUCCAUUAUUAUGAGUUUUUGGAGUGAACAGGUUCUGUUCAGGGAAACAUGUCAAAAUUAUUUUCUGUGGUAAUCAGCCCUAUGCUACAGUUGCAGAAGAUAGAAAUGACAUUGAAAAAUGCUGAAGUAUUCCUUUAAUAGUAUUCUUUACUGUUGCUGUUGUGCUCCCACGUAAAAUCACAUGUCCUGCCUAUGUAAGUAGUACAGCAGUAAACUCACAAACCAUGCAUUUAUAGCCAAGAUGUCAUUCAAGGGCUGUAUCAAGAAGCUAGUUAGCUAAUUCUCCUCCUUUUCACUGAACGUGUCUGUCCUGCUACCUUUUUAAUUUCACACUUUGCUGUUCAUCACUCUGAAAUUUUUUCCUCCUCCAAGUCCAUGAAUGAUGCAGAUGCCGCAUGCAUCGCAGCACAACUCUUUUUCACGGCACCCGUUCUCACUAACUAGGUCAGUGCCUCCCCCACAUUUUCAUCCCAACGCGGGUUGUCUGCAUCCUCUGUCCUCCGCAUUUCCUCUGCUGUGAAGAGAGUUUGGAAUGCUUUGCACUUUCUGGCUCAGUUUUUGUAUGAACAUGUUCUUUUUUGUGUGUGUUUGGAUGGAGAGAGUUUUCAAAUAAAAUGCAUUAGGUUGAAAUUAAAACAUGAUUUGCAGAUGUAUUUAUUGCACUUUGUAAGAUGGAUUUAGAGUUGUAUGCUCUUAUAUCUUACAAGGGUUCUUGGAGCGUAGAGAAC